AUUCUUUAUAUUAUUUUAUUAAUUAUUAAUUAAUUUAAAUAUUGAAACUUAAAGUUAAGUGACAAAACACUAGAAACUAACUGUUGACAAAGUUUAAAUUAAAAAAAAAGUAAUACAAUUAUUUUGUACUUUUGUAAUAUUGUUCCGAUUCCGGUAUUUCUCUAUUUCAGUAGGUACCAAGCUAUAAUGAAUCAUAAGAGUAGUGUUUGAAAUACAGUUUAAUUUUUUUUAACAAAUCUCCAUUUUUGUCCUUACAUUACACACUAUUAAAAAUGGAAUCUACCAGAACAAAUAAUAUUCCAGAAAAUGCCGAAAGCAAAAUCCAAACCGCUGAAAACAAAAUCAAACCACAACAGCGAUCGGCGGAAAAAGAAAAACUUGUUCUAGAACUAACAGAUAUGGGCUUUUCCAAAUCACUAGUGAUACAAAUUGUAGAUAAUGCUGGUGAUGUACCUAAAAACUUAAUUGUGGAACAACUGUUGACUACAAGUUCAGAACCUAGUGUAAAUAUACCUGUGGUAGAUGAUGACGGGGAUAAAUUAUGGGAAGAUGUUACUGUUGCUAAUAAAAUGGUUAUCGUUAUAAACAGUGGCUUGAACAUGAGUAUUGGGAAAACUGCAUCACAAGCUGCACAUGCCGCAUUGGGCUUGUAUGAAGUGAUGAAAGAACGUGAAGAUCUAAGUUAUGAUUUAAUUACAUGGAAUGAACAAGGAAGUCGAAAAAUCGUUGUUGCAGCAAAGAACACUAAUGAACUUAUUAAGGUGUGUUCGGAAGGAAAAAUACAAAAAGUCCCAUUUUUCUGUGUCCACGACGCGGGUCUGACUGAAGUGGAACCUAACUCAUUCACUGCAUUGGCUUUUUUUGGAUCUGAUCAAGAACUCAAGCCUGUAACCGGAAAACUUAGAUUACUAAAAUGAAUAAAAUAUUAUGUUUGUUUUGGAGAACA